AUGAGGCUCCCCAAAACACUUCCACUUACCCUUCUUUUGCUGAGCUGCCUAGAAGGUGCUACUGGCAGGAAGAGCAAAGAGAACAGUGAAAAAGCCAAGCCUUCCUCCCCCUGGGCACAGUCUGGGCAGUUUUCCACAUGGGACAAACAUCUUUGCAGUUGGCAGCUGAUCCCUGGGGAAAACACCACUGAGCUCCAGCUCAGUUGUCAUCCACCAAGGAAAAAUAGCAGCAAGAUGGGUCAGCAGUGUGUCUACCGGGGCCAGCCAGAGUUAUGUGCUGCCUACAACUCCAAAGGUCGUCAGUUCUGGAAGCAGGUCCUGGGCAAGCUCCGCAAGAAGCGACACCCAUGCCAGGACAGCACCCCACUCAAAUCUCGGCUUUGUAGCAGCAAGAAAGGUGCCUCUGAAGCAGAGCUACACCUGGUACCUUCCACUCACAGCCCCAUGGCUGCUGAGAUUCCAGUGGCUACUGAGGGAACUGUGAAAGGCAGAACCAAGGGGAAGAGCCAUGCCAAAGAGCCUUCUGCAGUGCAUAAACCACCACAGGCACCAAGGGAUAGUGUGAGCACCAGCCUGGCAAAGACAGAUGCCCCAGGCAAGCAGAGCAAAGUGGGGAAGAGGAGAGAUGGCCCAGGCUCAUCAUUGACUCCAAGCCAGCCACCCAGCAGGCAACCUACAGCAGUUGCAGAAGGCACUGAGCAGCCCACAGAGCUCAAUGCCGAUGUGGUCGAGGCCUACUGUGAGGAGAAAUGGCACUCCCUGUGUAACUUCUUUGUUAAUUUCUGGAAUGGCUGA